CGACCAAUCACGUUCGUGUAUACGGGCGUUUGAAAACUUUGGCGGCUCGGGGUAGUUCAAAAUAAAAAGACUGGGCUUUACACCAUAGAAACUUAGCACGCAGGUCCAUUACGACAAUGCAGAAUAAGGAAAAUUAUGAGCCCAGAAGCUUCCUAAGACCGUUUGCAACCCCCAGCAUGGUUGCAGGUCCGCAGCGUGUUCAAGUAAAGCCACGAACAGAAACAGACACAAAUGUCAUCACAGGCCCUGGCAGAGAAUGUGUGUCAGCCUCAAGUUCAGCUCCAAAGAAAAUUUCUAUUGAUGACUUUGACAUUGGUCGACCACUAGGGAAGGGCAAGUUUGGCAAUGUCUACCUUGCAAGAGUCAAGAAGCUCCAGGCUAUCGUGGCACUAAAAGUGAUGUUCAAAUCACAGAUUGAGAAGGAAAGUGUGGAGCAUCAGCUGAGGAGAGAGAUUGAGAUUCAAGCCCAUCUCAAGCAUCCCAAUAUCUUGCGCUUCUUCAAUUACUUUCAUGACCGUAAGAGAGUGUUCUUGGUGCUUGAGUACGCCCCACGUGGUGAAAUGUACAAGGAACUGCAAAGAUGUGGGAGAUUUGAUGACCAGCGUACUGCCACAUACAUGGAGGAGAUAUCUGAUGCAUUAUUGUAUUGCCACGAGAAAAAAGUCAUUCAUCGUGACAUCAAGCCAGAGAAUCUCCUUCUGGGUUAUCGUGGAGAACUCAAAAUUGCUGACUUUGGUUGGUCAGUCCAUGCUCCUUCGCUAAGACGCCGCACAAUGUGUGGUACACUUGACUACCUCCCCCCAGAGAUGGUUCAGGGACACACCCACAGUGAGAAAGUGGACCUGUGGUGCAUUGGGGUCCUCUGCUAUGAAUGCUUAGUUGGAAACCCACCUUUUGAAACUGCCUGCCAUACAGACACCUAUAAAAGAAUUACAAAGGUGGAUCUGCAGUUCCCCAGAUGUGUCUCAGAUGGUGCAAGGGACCUUAUCUCCAAGCUACUUCGCCACAACCCCACUGAUCGCCUCUCACUACAGAUGGUCAUCGAUCACCCAUGGGUGCGAGCCAACUCUCACCGUCUUCUGCCGCCCAGCUGCCCCAGCAAGAAAUCCUAAUUCCAGCUGGCCAACCUUCUUACCCUGUUCUGUCCUUCACACAACAUUCUUGGCUGUAAUCUGUUCACUGGAACGGGCUUCCAACUGCCAAUAUUUUGGCACAUUUUAUGAUGGGCAUACCUACUUUUUGUAUUGUACAGUUUACUGUCAUUUAUCUAUGGUUAGUAUUUCUGUAGAUUUGUUUGUUUUUAUUGUCACUUUCCAGAAAUGUUUUAUUAAAUGGACACUGCUCUGCUUUGAAUCAUUUGUAUCUUGUGAACUACUGUUAAAUCAAUAAAUAUUGUAAAUUGGC